AUGUCCAACGACAGCAGCCUCCUCAGUGACUGGGAGGCCUCCGAUUGGGCAGACACCUCUCAGUGCCCGCCCUCGGUUGGCGGGGCGACUUUCUUGAUUGUGGCGUACAGCGCCGUCAUAGCAAUCGGGUUGCUAGGCAACGCAGGCCUGGUGUUCAUCAUCGCCCGGCAACAGGAGCUACGGAACGUCACCAACAUCCUGAUCGCCAACCUGUCGUGCUCUGACAUCCUCAUGUGUGUGGUGUGUCUUCCUGUCACCGUCAUAUACACUCUGAUGGACCGCUGGGUUCUGGGGGAGGCCCUGUGUAAGGUGACGCCCUUCGUUCAGUGCAUGUCCGUGACGGUCUCCGUCUUCUCCCUGGUUCUGAUCGCUCUGGAGCGCCACCAGCUGAUCCUCCAUCCCACCGGCUGGUCCCCCGCGGCCGGCCACUCCUACCUGGCCGUGGGGCUUACGUGGUUGGUUGCUUGCUUCAUUUCUCUGCCCUUCCUCUCCUUCAACAUCCUCACUAAUGACCCCUUCCAGAACAUCAGCCUGCCCGCCAACCCCUUCAGGGACCACCUGAUCUGCAUGGAGCUGUGGCCGUCGGACAAGCAUCGUCUGGCCUACACCACCUCGCUGCUGCUCUUCCAGUACUGCCUGCCGCUCCUGCUGGUGCUCCUCUGCUACCUCAGGAUCUUCCUGCGCCUGAAACGUCGCAGGGACAUGCUGGAGCGCAGCAGGAGGACUCGGGGUGCCCAGAGGAUCAACGUCAUGCUGCUGGCCAUCGUCGUCGCCUUCGCUCUGUGCUGGCUGCCGCUGAACGUCUUCAACACGCUGUUUGACUGGCACCACCAAGCCCUGCCCGACUGCCAGCACGAUGCCAUCUUCUCCGCCUGCCACCUCACAGCGAUGGCCUCCACCUGCAUUAACCCCGUGGUGUACGGCUUCCUCAACAGCAACUUCCAGAGGGAGCUGAAGUCGACGCUGCAGCGCUGCCAGUGUGGAAACCGGGCGGCGGAGAGCUACGAGAGCUUCCCGCUCUCCACUGUGGGCAGCGAGGGCAUGACGAAGGCCACCUCCCUCAACAGGAUGGGAUCGGUGUGCGUUCCCUCACCCAGACCUGAGAUCAGCUCGGCAAUACCAGCGAAAACGAUACCGGCUAACACCUAA